GCAUAAUAACAAAUCAGGAGGAGGGGGCGGGGUAACGUUACCGCAAAUACAUUUGCGAUUCUGAAUGAUGCUAGGUAAAUCAUUGGAAACUAGAACACGUCGUGGGUGUCAGGGAAAAUUUUCCAAUGGAAGACCUUUAUUUUAGCUGCUGAUAAGUUCCCCAAGCUUGAGAUUGGUUUCUUACAGGAGAUUGGUUUCUUACAUUUAGGAAACUGGGAUUCUUUAUAUAUAUUCUUCACAUAUAAGGUACAAGGUGUUCCAACUGCGGCACCUCAAAGAUGAAGAGAGCAUCUGUCGCUGAUGUGUUACAUGUAUGAUGUGUACGUGUAGCGUCAGGGCUCUGAUACGUUUUCUAAUUUAUAUGAGCAUGUCAGUGUCCAAGAGCAGCGUGGAUAAAUCUUUACAUCAAGUAGGGACAGCAAACCCACUUAACCAACUUGAACUUACGCAGCUGUUAGAACAUCUAGAGAAAGACAUGCCACGUUCUUUAUACAUGAUUGCUUCAAUACAGAGUUCUCAGAAGAACAGCAAGUUUUCUAGUCUAUUCUAUACUGAUAACUGGCCAUCAUUUUCUGUAGUGAUCAGCAAACCAGAGGAAACCAAAAGUGAGGUUCACAUAAAUUACUACCUGGUGUAUUUUCAAUCUGGCAAGGAAGCAAAAGGUCUAGAAUUUUUAAGGAAGAAUGAUUUUAUUGACUGGAGUCAGAACUUCUUAUUAGUUUGUCCAAGUCCUUUGUAUCAAUAUAUUGGUGAAGUGGCAAGUGAGCAUGGAGGAAAGUUGGAUGAGGACAAUGAAGCACAAUGCCACAUUCUCUAUGUCAACGAUGAAGGUUCCAUCCCUAAAAUGGCAAUCCCAGAUAGUUUUAAAGAAGGUGUCCUAUCAGCAGAACACUCACAUCAGGUGAACAGUGAAUGGAAGUAUGGUGGUACAGAAAGAAAGAGGACAUAUAUUCAAAGUUUGAUAGAAAAUUUUCCAACUGUUGCACUGUUUACAGCACAGGGACAAUGCAUUGCCUACAUGAUAGCAAAUGAACAUGGUGGAAUGGGGAUGUUGCAUGUGACACCAGAACACAGGGGGAAAGGAUGUGCAAAGUAUGUCAUCACCACAUUGGCCAAAAAACAUGUACAGGUUGGACAUUACCCAUAUCUGUACAUUGAGACAGACAAUGAAGCAUCACUUCUACUGCAUUUAAAAUGUGGCUUCCACUUGGUAGAAAAUUUUCAAAUAAAAUUUGUACCUUACAUAGGACAUAGAUCACUGCACCCUUAGAUUUCUGUGGUGUUAUAACCAGAUGCUAUAGGUACAUACAGGUUUGAUUAAACAAUAAGAUAUGAUUCUUUUUUAUAUACACACACUGCAUGUUCAAUGUAUAAUUGCCAUACCAUAUUUUUGUUUUACUUAAAAUUUACAGAGUUGCUUUGUUGGUAUUCCUUUGGCAAACCAGCAUAAUCCAUUUAUUUUUGCAAAAGCUAUUGAAUUUCAUUUUUUUCACAUAUUUUGGUGAUGUACACCCCAUAAGUAACAUAGCAUAUUUUUGUAUUACUACAAAUUUGCCAAAUGGCUUUGUUUGGUAAAAAGGCAGGUUCUUUAUAAAAAUCAGCACAAUCUUAUCAUUUUAACAAAAGUUAUUAAUUUUUUCCUGUUUUGUGUAUAUUAGCUAUUUUUAGUAUAAAUGCAGUUUUCCAGAUUUAUCUAUAUCUACAAAGUUCUCAGCAUACAACACAGUUUCUUUGCUUAAAUUUAAGUUUCAAACAAAUAAAUGAAAGAUUGAGGGUCUGGGAGAAGUUGAAUUUGCUGAACCUUUUAAAUAUAAAAUAUAUUAUAUGGGGGAGAUUUUAUAAUUAUUUCUAUAAUUUAUAUGUAAGGCAUGAUAGUUUGACAUUGGUAAGUUUCAAAAUAAAAAAGAAAGGUGGUAUAUUUUCAUUAUUGUAAACUAUAUUUUAGACAUAUUCCAUCUUGAAGAUUAAGUAUUUUUUGAUAAAUAAAAAUGAUAUAAUAA